GCCUGUGCAUAGCCAAACUUACGUACAGUUAGCUGCGCGUCAAACGGUAGGCAGAGGCAGAGACAGACACGGCCUUCACCUCUGCCGCUGCUGCUGCUGCUGCUGCUGUUGCAAGGAAUCGCGCGUAGCUGAUGCGAGUUUAGGUUGGGUGACGUGGGCGUUCCAACUGACUCACCAGCUGGAUCCCUAAGCGCCUCGUCAACAUCCUAACGUAGUUCCAGGCCCGGGAGGAACGGACAAGCGCAAAUAGAUUUCAAGGCCCCCCGACAAGUUGCGGAAAAACAAGAAAAAAAAUAAAGAAAAAGGUCGGCUGCAGUCCGCAACCCCUUUCUCAGACCUGAAGCGACAGUUUCCCGGUAUACGUGAAACGCGGCGGGCCGAGAUCAAGGUGAAGUUCGAGUACCUGUUGCCUUCACACCCCCGCUGAUGUAUCGCUCGCUGCAUAUACGCUGCAGCUGCUGAUGCCAGAUGUACCUUAAACACCCGAUACACUUGUAUUUGUCCCACCAGGUAUUAACACAAACGAUGGAGAACAACGCUAACACGAGCGUAAAACACCAGAAAAGAGGUCCGCAGUCAUUUAAGCAGGCGGAAGAAGUCGGACUUAUCGGCAGCAGAAUCUGGACCCAACCGGAACUGACGAUACUGUUGCACGAGUACAAGAAACGAGAAUUUCUAUACGACAUGAAGAACGUGAACUACCGCAAUAAGUUCGCGCGUGAACAGGCGCUCAAGGAAAUUGCGGAUAUUUUGUGCAAAGUAAGGCCACAAACAACCGCGAUGGACGUCAAACUGAAAUUCAAUAUUUUGAGAACUCAGUAUCACGCCGAGUUGUCGAAAGAGAAAAAAUGCGCCGAAAGUGGAAAGUUUCACUUGUCAACCCUUUGGUUCAUGGAUCACAUAAAAUUUGUGAGAGGUCAUAAUCGUCGUGAAAUAUACGGCAGGCGUGAAAACGAAUCGUCGUCGGACAACAAAAGUUUUGAGCAACUGCCUCAGGUCAAUUACGAGGAUCAGGCCAGUCUGUCCGAAGAUUGCUUCGUGGAAAAUGACGAGAAGUACGAUGAGUUUGAGGACAAGGAGGCCAGCAACGCGGAGGAUCCGUUGUCCACGUUAAAAAAACGGCCAACACCGUCGGAUGUGAAAACGGAAAUGGUGUUUCUGGACACGGAAAGCGAGAUGACGUCCGAUUUUCUCGACGACAAGGAGGACGAGGACGACGGAUCUAGUCUGCCGGUUAUCAGCUCGGCGACGUCGACCUUGCACCAAAAGAGAAGCGGAACAACUGGCGAGGAAGGCGAAAAUCCCCGGAAGGCCGAAAGCUCGAACGAAGCCGCCAAGGAAAGUUCGGUUCGAACUUCCGAGGAGGAUCUAUUCGGGCAAAUUGUUGCGAAAAAAUUAAAGAAGAUAACCAACCCGAGAAAACGCGCCGAUGCGGAACUAAAAAUAUUUAGCAUUUUACACUCGGCUUUCAUCGACGAGCUCGAUACGUGAAUAAAAAUUUUUUUUAACUAACUAUUUUAUGUAUUUAAUUCCCGAGUAGUCAUAAGGCGGCCUAUGAACUUUAAUUUUCACUUUUUUCUUCCACGUGUUUUUGUUUACAAAACUUCAUAAAAUACUCCGAGAAUAAAUCAACCGGAGUGAAAUUUUUGUCUAUAAGGGAAGUCGGGAGAAAAUAAUAAAAUAAUAUCAAUUAUAAAUUAUAAGUGUACAGAACUUUUGGGGAGAGUGAGAAAGUUAUGCUUUAAUCGAAGUAUGACUGACAAUGAAAUGUUUCGAGCGAUAAAUUAAAUGGGACGUAAUAAGCUUACAUUUAACUAUAAUACAAUACUUUUCACCUCGCAAAUUCUCUUUGGUAAAAAAAUUUCGGUCAGCUACACAUGCAAAUGAUGAACUUCCAGUAAUACCAUAAAAUGAGGUCAGAUAUCCAAGGGUUUUUGGAUCAUCCAAGUAAGCUGAAGCAAUUCAAGUAAAAAAACCCGUCAGUCUCUUUUUUUUUUUUUAGAAAAUUAAGGAGAGUUUUAUACUCCUGUUCCAUAAUGUACCAUGCUUUCUUGAUAAGUAAGGAAAGAGUACAUGCAAUGCGUUUACUUACCUUGUCGUGUUGGAUGAAUGACGAUCAAGUACGAAGAUGGAGGGUGGUUAACGUUAUACUGAUAUUUAGUCAUUUAUUUUGCAAAAUAAACUGACAU